UUUUUACCAAGCAGUACCUGAAUAAACAUUCUCAGCGUAGCAUUUAUGUUUAUAGCAUACAGCACCGAUAUUUUCUUCCAGAAUAAAUAUCUUUCUUACGCAUUCGAGCGAUGGCAGAGAAAGCAGAUUUAUCCCAAGCUCACUAUUGGUCAAUCCGAGAGGUUAGAGGUUGAUAUGUAAAUAUCCAAUAUGGCGGCGCCCGUGGAUGACAUGUUUUCUCGCUGCGUGGAUCCUGCCAAAGCCAGUAAUUGCGUGGAGGUCCGAUUUAUCGAUAAUGUCAAGGGCAAAGGAUUAUUCGCGAAAAAACCCUUCAAGAAGGGAGACACUAUCUUUAUUGAGCGACCUCUAGUCUCAUCUCAGUUCUUGUGGAAUGCCUUGUACAAAUACAGAGCGUGUGAGUACUGUCUGCGUGCUCUGGAGACAGCGGAGGAGAACUCCAGGCGCUUGAGCGGUCGUGCGGCUCUCAGUCUUCCUCAUCCGGAGCUGUGUAAAGUGCGUCCGGACCGACACCAGCCCUGUCCACACUGUCAGGUGAUGUACUGCAGCGCUGAGUGCCGGCAGGCUGCAUGGGAGCAGUACCACAAGCUCCUGUGCCUCGGCCCGUCUCACCACGAUCCCGAUCAUCCGCUCAACAAGCUGCAGGACGCCUGGCGGAGCGUGCAUUACCCUCCGGAAACUUCCAGUAUCAUGAUAAUGGCGAGGAUGGUGGCCAGCAUCAAGCAGGCUGAAGAUAAGGGCCGCUGGCAGAGGCUGUUCUCUCAGUUUUGUAGCCGUACAGCAAACGAAGAGGAGGAAAUAGUUCAUAAAUUGUUGGGAGAGAAGUUUCAGGGCCAGCUGGGCUUGCUGCGUAAUCUUUUCACCACCGCGCUGUACGAGGAGAGUCUCAGUCAGUGGUUCACCCCAGAUGGGUUUCGCUCUCUAUUUUCACUUGUUGGGACCAAUGGUCAGGGUAUUGGCACCAGUUCUCUGAGUCAGUGGGUUCAUGCGUGUGACGCUCUGGAGCUUCCCAGCCAGCAGAGGGAGCAACUGGACGCUUUCAUCGACCAGCUGUACAAGGACAUCGACAAAGAAACUGGUGAUUUCCUCAACUGCGAGGGCUCGGGUCUUUUCCUGCUGCAGAGCUCUUGUAACCACAGCUGCGUUCCCAACGCCGAGGCGUCUUUCCCCGACAACAACUUCCUCCUCCACCUCGGCGCUCUCAGCGACAUCAGCCCCGGAGAGGAGAUCUGUAUCAGCUACCUGGACGUCUGCCAGCGAGACCGGAGUCGUCACAGCCGGCACAAGAUCUUGAGGGAGAAUUACUUAUUCGUCUGUUCCUGUCAGAAGUGCAUGUCCCAGAUGGAUGAUGCAGAUUUGACCUCCGAGGAUGAGGAGGAAGUGGAAGGUGAAGGCGAAACGGAGGAUGAGAUGACCGAUGUGUGAUUUCACUCCGGUUUCUCGCCUCACCUAAACCACCUCACCUGUUUGUCCGUGGACCUUUCCGAUGUGAUCCUGACCCCGUCACAGCGCCUAAUAUCUACAGCAGAUAUCACACGUACAGUAGCAGUGCAGUUAACUGUCUGGCUGUUAUAACCCUAAAAUCAAAGCCUAUGCAAAAUACAAGUGCGCCGAUUUUAUCAAUGCUUUUUUUGUCAAGAUCUCAUAGAAUGCAAGAGUUAUGUUUAAUAGCACACUGGUUUCAUGUGCAGGAUUCAAACUGGACCCCAUGAUGUGCUUCAAAACAAACAAAAACUGUGACCAAGCAUGAAACACGAUCUGUGUGUGCACUAAUGGGUUAUAUUAUACAAUAACCUUUCAAAAAAAACAUGAAUUCUCUGUUUUAUCACAUCUCGGAGAAACUGUACAGUCAUCGGAUCAAGAGUUCAUGUUACUUUAAAGUGACUGUAAAUCAACCAUUAAUCAAAACUGACCUGCUUUACUUAUUCUACAAACAUAACUUCUCUUUAGAAUCUUAUGCAUGCAAAGAUUUGAUACACUUUUUCUUUUCAGCUGACGUCAUCUGGGUCACACGGGCAGAGAAAAAAUAAAUCAAUUUAUAUCCAAA